GGGAGUACUUGUUUUUUUUUCUGCUUUUGAAACGUAUUUAGUUUGGAUAACUAUAAGUGAGAGAGGCACAAUGACUUUAACUUAUUUUCGUUAUCUGUGAUAAACGUCGAGUCCACGGGUGUUCGUUAAUACUGUAGCUUUGGUUUUGACUUCCUUCUCGACCCCAUCCAUCACUUCCUGUGCUCCGUGCUGCGGAGUAACGGUGGAGUGAAGGGCCUGGUAGUUAUCAUAUGCCAUGUGUUAAGGAGAUCUAUUUUAUAUAAUUCUCAGGAUGAAACAGUCAAAAAGUUUUUUGGAGUUACCACAUCUUUCAAGUUUUGGAGUCUUUCUGGUUUGGAUCUGCCUCUAUUCUUCCCAUGCACAGCUUCACCCAAAUUCCAUGGAAAUGCAAGCAUUUGAAACUGCUAGCGUACUUUCAGAAAUUGAAUUUGCUACUGUAAGUGAUUAUAGAGGACCAGGCAACAAUGACACAAGGAAGAACAAAGAGCUGCCAAUAAUCCUGUGGUGGAGUACCAGCCUCUUUCCUCAUUUUCCUGGUGACAGAGAGCGAAUUGACUGUGCAAACUUUUCCUGUAUGGUGACUAACAAUAGGAAGGUGCAGCUUCAUAAAAGGACUAAAUCCAUAAUUUUUUAUGGGACAGAUUUCCGCGCUUAUGAAGUUCCUUUACCUCGUUUGCCUCACCAGACGUGGGCACUUUUCCAUGAGGAGUCCCCUAUGAACAACUUUAUUUUGUCCCAUUUACCUGGAAUCAGAAUGUUUAACUAUACUGCAACUUUUAGAAGAGAGUCCAAUUACCCUCUCACACUGCAGUGGCUGCCAUCUUUGGAUUAUCUGACUAACCCAGCAGCACCUGUGCAUGAAAAAAAUCAGUGGAGACUGGAAGGCUUUGCUCCAGUCCUCUAUAUGCAGUCGCACUGUGAUGUCCCCUCAGAUCGUGACAGAUAUGUCCAAGAGCUUAUGAAGUACAUUCAGAUUGAUUCAUUUGGAAAGUGUCUUAACAACAAAGAUCUACCCAAUUCAAGACUAGAGGACACCUCAACUGCCACUAUGGAAGACAGUGAAUUCAUGAACUUCAUUACACGGUACAAGUUUCACCUGGCUAUGGAAAAUGGCAUUUGUAGCGACUAUAUGACGGAGAAGCUAUGGAGGCCACUGCAUGUAGGAAGUGUACCCGUCUACCGUGGUUCUCCCACUGUGCGGGACUGGAUGCCAAACAACUAUUCUAUAAUUCUUAUUGAUGACUUUCCUUCACCAAAACAUCUCGCAGAAUACCUGAUUUUUUUAGACCAGAAUGAUGAUGAAUACUUGAAGUAUCUAGAGUUUAAGAGUCCAGGAGGCAUCAAAAACAGCAUUUUAGUGGAAAGCCUGGAGAAGAGAGAGUGGGGAGUAAAUGAUAUGAGCAAGCCCAACUACUUGAAUGGUUUCGAGUGCUAUGUGUGUGAUCAGGAGAAUGAAAGGAUGUUACUGGAAAGAGCACACAAGAACUCUCCAACAACCGUGCCAAGCCCACAGGUCCAUAUUGCCUCCCACAGUCACAUGGGAUGCCCUCAGCCUACACCAGGAUUUGGAAAUGUGAAUGAAAUCACAGAGAAUGAUAGCUGGUUAUCAAUGUGGCCUCAAGACUACUGGCAGAGCCUAGAUCAGGCAGAGGGCCUGGAAGCUAUGAUUCUAAAAAAUGAAACAGACCCUGGACGUCUAUGGAAUUAUAUUCAGGACAUUGUUACAAAAACUGGCAGUCACCAUUGACCCCCUUUGGGAAGUGUUUCACUUUAAUCCAAAGAUUCCAGUAAAAUGCAAACCAAAGAAAGGUUACAAUGAACAUUUAAAAGAACAAAAUGUAUUUUGAACAGCACACUCUGUUUACUUGAUACCUCAGAACACUUUAUAUGUGUGUUUGUGACUAUUUUUGACAGCAAUUUGGUUUACAUCACAUGUGCAGUUUACAGUUAAUACUGCUCUCCUAAAAAGCCAUCUGGUUUCUUUAUUUAUCAAAUGCAGGGGCUUUGUGCAAUGACCCAACUUUGUCUUCUUAACUUGUACUUCAAUUAGUGGUAGUUCAAAAGCAAAAGGGGUUUUGUAAAAGUACAGUUUUAUAAACAUAUUGCAACUUAAAUAAACUUUUUUCAUUUAUACAUAUUUUUAUAUUUUCUUCCCAGGAAAUCUGCAUUGUUUAUGGUUUGAAUAACUACUGUAAUUACAUUUUAAUAAUAAGACAUAUUUUCAAUGUAUUACAGAAAUUUAAAAAUUAAAAACAAAACACAGAAUGCAUUAGUUUAUGGAAAAUUCGAGUUUAAUUGAAUACCCAAACCACCAAACUCAGCAUUUGUUUCCUAAUAUAAAAUAUAGUAUGAAUAUAUCCAGAACAGAGGGCAGGCAAAGAUAUUCUACAACAGCUUAAUGGCGAGUACAUAAUACAGUAUGUGCAUUCUGAAUAAUCCAAUACAGCAGAUCAGCACUGGCAACCCAAGAAAGGUUCAAGUAUGAACUUUCAGUUUCAGCUGCCAUCAUGGAGCUCAACAUUCGGGGUUUUUUAACACAACCUUGGCACACAUGAAGCAUCAAAAUAAUUUCCACACUUUUAUCAGGAAAGUGCAUACACAAGUGUUUUUGAGAAAUGUAAUAAGAACACUAACAUCGGCCCUCGCUAUUCAUCACUCCAGCAGCUCACUCAUAUUGUGCUGCUGCUGUACAAUAAAUGGUGUGUCGUCUUAAAAAUACUGCAUACAGUUGUUAAUCAUAAAAAGGGAAAGAAAAAUAUGGGUAAACUGUAAAAAAACAAAAA